GGCAGGGGACGACUCGGGGAAAGCGGAGGAGGCGGGUCUCCAUAGAAACCUCCACCUGUUUCCGGCCGGACUGUGGCGAUUAAGGGGCUGCUCCGGGGGCCCAUCUCAGCCAGCUCGCCUGUUCCCGGCGGCCUCUGCGGGCGCGGUGGGUGUUGUACACAAUCAUCAUGGCGGCGGCCGGGGCCCCGGAUGGCAUGGAGGAGCCCGGCAUGGACACCGAGGCCGAGACGACGGUGGCGACCGAGGCGCCCGCGCGGCCGCUCAGCUGCGCGGAGGCCGAAGCCGCGGCGGGCGCGGCCGUCGAGGACUCUUGCGCGGCGCGCGGCCACCUGCAGCCGGCCCCGGCCCAGCCCCCUGGGGACCCCGCCGCCCAGGCCUCGGUCAGCAACGGCGAGGACGCCGGCGGCGGCGCGGGCAGGGAGCUGGUGGACCUGAAAAUCAUCUGGAAUAAGACCAAGCACGACGUCAAGUUCCCACUGGACAGCACGGGUUCCGAGCUGAAGCAGAAGAUUCACUCGAUUACAGGUCUCCCGCCUGCCAUGCAGAAAGUCAUGUAUAAGGGACUCGUCCCAGAAGAUAAGACGUUGAGAGAAAUAAAAGUGACCAGUGGGGCCAAGAUCAUGGUGGUUGGCUCCACGAUAAAUGAUGUCUUAGCAGUAAACACACCCAAAGACGCUGCCCAGCAGGACGCAAAGGCUGAAGAGAACAAGAAGGAGCCUCUUUGCAGGCAGAAACAACACAGGAAAGUAUUGGAUAAAGGAAAACCCGAAGACGUGAUGCCGUCUGUGAAGGGCGUGCAGGAGCGCCUACCCACCGUCCCCUUAUCCGGCAUGUACAACAAGUCGGGAGGAAAAGUGAGGCUCACCUUUAAGCUCGAGCAAGACCAGCUGUGGAUCGGCACUAAAGAGCGGACUGAGAAGUUGCCCAUGGGUUCCAUUAAGAAUGUGGUCAGUGAACCUAUCGAAGGGCACGAGGACUAUCACAUGAUGGCGUUUCAGUUGGGCCCCACAGAAGCCUCUUACUACUGGGUGUACUGGGUUCCGACUCAGUAUGUGGAUGCAAUCAAAGACACUGUGCUGGGGAAAUGGCAGUAUUUUUGAAAGCGCUUUCACCUCUGGCCCAGGAGACUGACCCAAAGUGAAGGACAUUGCUGGGAGAGGCCUUGCAGCACCCUGGAUCUCAGAGUUCUGGAACUUGGCUCAAAAGCAACAAAAAAAAUCUUCUCUACUCUUAAAGGCGAUGUGGUGACUGAAGCCAGAGGUGAUGUCCUUUCAGCAUUCGCUUAAUUUUAACUUAAAAAUCACCGGUUCGUUUUCUUGCAGUCAGCUUCAUACCGUUUUUAAAGUCCAUUCGUUGAAAUCAAUAAACCUGAAUUCCGAA